UGCUGCACUCCCAAUUUAAGCAUUUAUUCCACUGGGAUAGAGGAGUCUGGAGCAGCGCUGGCACCAAAAAACCAUGGCUGGGAUUGUAUAUUUCACCGUCUUUUCGCUUCUCUUUGGGAUUAGCGAGGGGGUCACCGGCUCGCGGGUAUACCCGGCCAAUGAAGUUACCCUAUUGGAUUCCAGAUCAGUUCAGGGUGAGCUUGGGUGGAUAGCAAGCCCUUUGGAAGGAGGGUGGGAAGAGGUAAGCAUUAUGGAUGAGAAAAAUACUCCAAUCCGCACUUAUCAAGUCUGCAAUGUGAUGGAGCCAAGUCAGAACAAUUGGUUACGAACUGAUUGGAUUCCCCGCGAAGGGGCUCAGAGGGUAUAUAUUGAAAUCAAGUUCACACUAAGAGACUGCAACAGCCUGCCAGGUGUCAUGGGGACUUGCAAAGAGACUUUUAACCUUUACUACUAUGAGUCAAGCAACGAUAAGGAGCGCUUUAUUCGGGAGAGCCAGUUUGCCAAGAUUGAUACGAUUGCUGCUGAUGAGAGUUUCACACAGGUGGACAUUGGCGACAGGAUCAUGAAACUCAAUACUGAGAUACGUGAUGUGGGGCCCUUGAGCAAGAAGGGAUUUUAUUUGGCUUUCCAGGAUGUAGGGGCUUGUAUUGCCUUGGUGUCUGUCCGUGUCUUCUAUAAAAAGUGUCCGUUGACGGUCCGCAACUUGGCGCAGUUUCCAGACACCAUCACCGGGGCUGAUACGUCUUCUCUUGUGGAAGUUCGUGGCUCAUGUGUCAACAAUUCAGAAGAGAAGGAUGUGCCAAAAAUGUACUGCGGGGCAGAUGGUGAAUGGCUGGUACCCAUUGGCAACUGCCUGUGCAAUGCUGGGUAUGAAGAGCGCAAUGGAGAAUGCCAAGCUUGCAAGAUUGGAUACUACAAGGCCCUCUCGACAGAUGCUGCCUGUGCUAAAUGCCCGCCUCACAGCUUCUCCAUCUGGGAUGGCGCUACCUCUUGCACCUGCGACCCAGGCUUUUUUCGAGCAGAAAAUGAUGCUGCCUCCAUGCCUUGCACUCGCCCUCCAUCUGCCCCCCAGAACCUGAUUUCAAAUGUCAAUGAAACAUCAGUCAAUUUGGAAUGGAGCCCUCCUCAGAAUAAAGGUGGCCGUGAAGACAUUUCGUACAAUGUGGUAUGCAAGAGAUGUGGGGCCAGCGACCUAAACCGCUGUCGGUCAUGUGGUAGUGGUGUACACUUCAGCCCUCAGCAGAAUGGUUUGAAAACCACCAAAGUUUCCAUUACUGAUCUUUUGGCACAUACUAAUUACACCUUUGAAAUAUGGGCAGUGAACGGCGUAUCCAAGCAAAAUCCAAGUCCAGACCAGGCCGUGUCUGUCACUGUGACAACUAACCAAGCAGCUCCAUCUCAGAUUGCUGUGAUCCAAGCAAAGGAAAUAACAAGGCACAGUGUGGCACUGGCCUGGCUGGAACCUGACAGGCCAAAUGGAGUCAUCUUGGAGUAUGAAGUAAAAUAUUACGAAAAGGAUCAAAAUGAGCGUAGCUAUCGCAUUGUGAAAACGGCUGCCAGAAACACUGAUAUCAAAGGCUUGAACCCUUUGACUUCCUAUGUCUUCCAUGUGAGAGCAAGGACAGCAGCUGGGUAUGGAGACUUCAGUGGGCCAUUUGAAUUCACAACCAACACAGUUCCAUCUCCCAUCAUCGGUGAAGGCACUAACCCCACUGUCCUUCUGGUCUCUGUGGCUGGCAGUGUUGUUCUUGUGGUCAUUCUCAUUGCUGCCUUUGUCAUCAGCAGGAGACGCAGCAAAUACAGUAAGGCCAAGCAAGAAGCAGAUGAAGAGAAACAUUUGAACCAAGGUGUUAGAACAUAUGUGGACCCCUUUACGUAUGAGGACCCUAACCAAGCAGUGCGGGAAUUUGCCAAAGAAAUUGAUGCAUCCUGCAUAAAGAUUGAAAAAGUCAUUGGUGUUGGUGAAUUUGGUGAGGUCUGCAGUGGUCGCCUCAAGGUGCCAGGCAAGCGGGAGAUCUGUGUUGCUAUCAAGACUCUGAAAGCAGGAUACACAGACAAACAAAGAAGGGACUUCUUGAGUGAAGCCAGCAUCAUGGGACAAUUUGACCAUCCCAACAUCAUCCACUUGGAAGGGGUGGUUACUAAAUGCAAACCAGUCAUGAUCAUAACUGAAUACAUGGAGAAUGGUUCUUUGGAUGCUUUUCUCAGGAAGAAUGAUGGCAGAUUUACCGUAAUUCAGUUAGUAGGGAUGCUUCGGGGUAUUGGCUCUGGAAUGAAGUACUUGUCUGACAUGAGCUAUGUGCAUCGAGAUCUUGCUGCUCGAAACAUACUAGUCAACAGCAAUUUGGUCUGCAAAGUUUCAGACUUUGGCAUGUCCCGAGUUCUUGAAGAUGACCCUGAAGCUGCCUAUACUACUAGGGGUGGAAAGAUUCCCAUCAGGUGGACUGCACCAGAAGCAAUUGCCUAUCGUAAAUUUACAUCAGCCAGUGAUGUUUGGAGUUAUGGAAUUGUCAUGUGGGAAGUAAUGUCAUAUGGAGAGAGACCCUAUUGGGAUAUGUCCAACCAAGAUGUUAUCAAAGCCAUCGAAGAAGGGUAUCGGCUGCCACCCCCAAUGGACUGCCCCAUUGCUCUCCAUCAACUGAUGCUGGACUGCUGGCAGAAGGAACGCAGUGACAGGCCUAAAUUUGGACAGAUUGUCAACAUGCUAGACAAACUCAUCCGCAACCCCAACAGCUUGAAGAGGACAGGCUCUGAGAGCUCCAGACCUAAUACUGCUUUGCUGGAUCCAAGUUCUCCUGAAUUCUCAGCCAUAGUUUCUGUUGGUGAUUGGCUCCAGGCUAUUAAGAUGGAGCGAUACAAGGAUAACUUCACGGCUGCCAGCUACACUACCCUAGAGGCUGUGGUGCAUAUGAACCAGGAUGACCUGGCAAGAAUUGGAAUUACUGCCAUUGCACACCAGAAUAAGAUUCUGAGCAGCGUCCAGGCAAUGAGGACCCAAAUGCAACAAAUGCACGGCAGAAUGGUUCCUGUUUGAGCCAGUACUGAACAAACUCUUGAAAUUAGUUUACCUCAUUCAUGCACUUUAAUUGAAGAACUGCACUUUUUUUUACUUCUUCUCCUCGCCGUUUGAAAUAAUAAUAAAAAUAAUUAAAA